GCACUUGUGCCACAUUGCUGAUAAGAUAUCGCAACACAACGAUCACAAACCUCAAUUCUCAGUGCCAGCAUUGUGAUAUUCACCGUUGCAAUAGCAAGUACCGAGUCCAAUCCUUUUACAGUGAGUUAGGUUCAAGAUCUGCUCCUUCGGAUUGGAGUUGACAAUCACCCCCGGAAGAAGAACUGGAUACCGGUGAUCUAGUACGAAAUAAGCCAUACCAAAAAUGACGACCGACCGGAACGACCUGAACAUGGGGAUGCGCUGUGUGAAGUACAUGAUUUUCGUGAUCAAUUUCAUGUUCUUGCUCACAGCGAUCCUCAUAGUCACGGUUGGAAGCGCCAUCGGAACCAUCUUCGGAGAUUUCGAAUACUUCAUCGAUUCGCACUUUUUCUCGCCAGCUCACCUGAUGGUGGCAAUCGGCAUCAUCAUGAUAUUCGUAUCGAUCUUUGGCUGCUUUGGAGCCAUCAAGGAGAGCACCGCCAUGAUUAACAUUUAUGGCGUUCUAUUGGCCAUAGUGUUCAUCCUGGAGGUAGCGGCAGCAAUUUCGGCAUUUGCUCUGCAGGGCCAGGUCAAGGAAAUGGUUCGCCGAACUCUUAAUGAAUCGAUGGCCAGCUACAACGAUAACGCUAACGUGCAACAAUCCGUUGAUUUCAUGCAGCGAGUGUUGGAGUGCUGCGGCGUGGAUAGCUAUGAGGAUUGGACAUUCUUCUUCAAGAACUCCCCGAACGCAACGGAAGGCACCAACAGUUUCGUAGUUCCCGAGUCGUGCUGUCCACCGUCGACGUUGAAAGAAUCGUGCAUUCCGUACGAAUACGGUUGCAUGGAUCGCCUUCAGUGGGUAGUGGCCCAGAGCGCUGCCCUGAUUGCCACAGGUGCCAUCACGGUUUCUUUCGUGCAGAUCUUGGGAAGCGUUUGUGCUUUCAUGCUUGCGCGUACGAUUCGCAGAACGAAAUCAUUGAGAGCGGCUCGCCGUUGGCAACUUCAGCAGAGCCUUGGCAUUAUGACCAAGCCCCAUGAUCCGUCGUACACGCAGAUGGAAAAGUCGGAGAAGAACCCGGACUCGGAGAUGUAUCUGCCCAAUAGCCCAAGUGUCAAUUGAUGAUACUGGCUCUUGUCAGGAUAAUAUGAGCAUAAAUUUUAUGGGAUAAAUCUAUGUGAUUGUAACAUUCCAUAAAUGGCUUUAUGUAUUUAUGUGAAAAUUAUUUAAUAAAUAAAACUAGAAUACUAAAACCUAA